AUGUUUGUUGAUGGUUUUGUUAUUUCAGUUCUUCAUAAAUUCUGUCAUUCGGAUGAAGAUUGUGUUAACAUAAAAUUCACAAAGUGUUCUUCAAAUAAAAAAUGUAUUUGUGAAUCAAACUAUCUUGCUUCAAAGGAUGAGACAUCAUGUUUGCCACUUAUAGGUGGAGAAUGUGAAGUAGAUGAUGAUUGUGUGACGGAAAACUCUAGGUGUUAUUUUAGAAGAUGUCAAUGCAAUAAAUAUUCCGUUGCUAAGGUUAUUGAUCAAAAAUAUGAAUGCAAACAAACUGUUGUUUUAGGAGUUCCCUGUGGAAAUCAUAAAGAUUGUGCACUGAUACAGAACUCUCAAUGUUCAGAUGAUAAAGUAUGUGCUUGUCGGACAAAUCAUUAUGAGUUUAACAAUCAAACUUUUUGCGGACCGAUUAUUAAUGAAGAGAUCCAAUGCUCAAAACAAAAUUAUUGUGUGUGCAAAUCAAACAAUCGAUUGAUCAAUAAAGCGACAUGUUAUCCUUUUUUGAACGGACUUUGCUGGAAAGAUGACCAAUGCUUGCUUCCAAAUUCUGUUUGCAUUGAUUUUCAUUGUCAAUGUCAGUCGAGUUUUAAAGCCGUAGCUACUAAUCUUUGCAUACCUGUUCCAGAUAUAUCUUGUAUAACUAAUACCGAUUGCGAACGACAAAAGUUUUCAGAAUGUACUGCGUAUGGUUCAUGUAGAUGCCAAUCAAAUUAUGUUAAAACAAAUCCUAGUACAUGCCAAGGAUUGAUUGGAGCGGCCUGCUCUAGAAAUUAUGAAUGUUUUCCGCAUGAUUCGAUUUGUCUUGACGGAUUUUGCAAGUGUAAAUGCAAUUAUUUAUCCACAGUCAGCGAUCUUUGUCUACCAAAUAACUUUGACUUUGUUCUAGCUUUCUUUGAGCUGACAUGUUCUGCCGGUGACGAAAGGUGCCAAGAUGAGGAAUUUUCUGGGUGCUUGCAUGGUAAAUGUCAUUGUCAUCCGAAUCAUGUUGUGGGUAAUAUGACUUGUCAGCCGCUUUUACAUGAAAACUGCGCAAAAAAUGGGCAGUGUGCAAUAAAACAUUCUAUUUGUCGUGACAAUGUGUGUCAAUGCAAAUCGGAUUAUAUAGCACUAUCUAACAAUCGCUGUUUACCAACUAAACUAAACGGCUACUGCCAAAUUAAUGACGAUUGUAGAUAUUUAGAUAACUCAAAGUGUUCAAAAUAUUAUUACUGUACGUGUAUUGAUAAUUAUUUUCAUUUUAAUGAAACUACUUGCGUCCCACUUAUUGGUGAAAAGUGUGAAUCAAACGCUGACUGCAUGAUUGAAAAUUCCAUCUGUUUCAAUGGAUUUUGCAAGUGUAAGAAUUCUUAUAAGAGUUCUUUCAAUGAAAAAUGUGUUACAGCACUUCAUAACUUUUGUAAGACAGACUCUGAUUGCCAUGAAGGAACAUUCACAAAAUGUUCUCAAAAUAAUACAUGUGAAUGUGAACCGGAUUACUUUGCUGCAGAAAAAGAUAUGAUAUGUUUACCUAGCAUAUCUGGACUUUGCUACAUAGACGAUGACUGCACAAUCGAAAAUUCUUAUUGUCAUUACAACAGGUGUCAAUGCAAGAAAUUUUAUCUCCUUCUCAGUCGUUUGCUUUUAUUGAUCGUGUGUAUUCCCUUUUAUUCAGAGCUUUUGGGACAUCCUUGCCAAAAAGAUAAAGAUUGUGAAUUUUCCGAAAAUUUCAUAUGCUCGUCAGAUGGAAUAUGUUCUUGUUCCCAAAAUUUUUACGCUCUUGAAGACAGAACUAAGUGUUUACCAAAGAUCGGCGGACCUUGUUCAAUACAUCAAGAUUGCCGAGUGAAAAAUUCAUUUUGUCUCAAUGGAAGAUGCCAGUGCAAUCGUGAUUGUUCAGCUGUAUCCGAAAAUGAAUGCGUGCUAAAAUCAUCCGCAGUUUAUUGUGAUCAGGCUAUAGAGUGUGGAGAACCGUGGCAUGCUGGAUGUUCACCGGAUCACAACUGCUUUUGUAAGACGAAUAAUACACUUGUCAAUAAAUCUACCUGCUCACCUAUGUUAGGAGGUCCUUGUUUGAAAAAUCAUCAAUGUGUGGUUGAAAAUUCUGUUUGCAAAGAUUUUCACUGCAAAUGCCAAUCACCAAAUUUUAAACCUGUCGCAAAUAAUUUAGACCGAAAGUACACAAAAUGUUCUGAACAUGGCAAAUGUGAAUGCGAAUUAAAUUAUGCUAAAAUCGAUUUUUCUACAUGUCGGCCGUUGAUAGGGUCGUUUUGCGAAAGAGAUAUAGAAUGUUAUCCUGAUAAUUCUGUUUGUACUAAUGAAAGGUGUUAUUGUGCCGAUGGUUUCAUUCCACUAUCCAAUGAACAAUGUUUACCUACUUUCUUGGAGCUGAGCUGCAAAAGCGGUGAGGAAGAGUGUCAAGAAGCUGAGUUUUUGUUAUGCAAUGAAGGAAAAUGUUAUUGUCCGGCAAAUCAUGUUAUUGUCGAUGGUAGAAACUGCUUACCACUGUUGAAUGAGAUAUGUUCACAAAAUGAACCUUGCGUUGUUUUCAAUUCAGACUGUAUUAAUGGUCGGUGUAAAUGCAAUCCAAAUUUCGUGGCGCAGUCCAAUAAUAGAUGUUUAGCGAGUAAAUUUAUCUUGGUUCUGUUAGCGCAACUGUAUGGAAAAUGCAAAAAUGAUGACGAUUGUAGCUAUAUAAAAAAUUCAACAUGUUCUAAGUAUAAUGAAUGCGUUUAUAGCAUCAAUUACAACGUAACAAGUUUUUCGCCCCCUUUGGGCAAUAAUUGUACUACAAACGCAGAUUGUUUAAUCGGCAAUUCUACAUGUGUCGACUUCACUUGUCAAUGUAGGCCUUAUUUUGAAAUUAUGCAUAGUGAGAAAUGUAUUCCUGUGCUUAAAAAACCAUGUCGGUCGAAUUCCGAUUGUAUCAAUGUUCCAUUCGCUGAAUGCUCGAAAAAUAAGACAUGUAUCUGUAAAUCAACCUAUGUUACAUCAGAAAAUGGAGCAUGUUUACUACCUGUAAUUGGAUUCUGUACAAAAAACAGUGACUGUAUAUCUAAAAGUUCUUACUGUCAUUCCAACAGAUGUCAAUGCACAAGGAAUUUCGUAGGCCAGAUAAUCGAUGGGGUUUUUAAGUGUAAAACGAAAAGCCUAGGAUCUUCUUGCGAAACAGAUCAUGAUUGUAGCACUAUUAAAUAUUCUAAAUGUUCGCAUGAUAAAAUUUGUGUUUGUCUUGAAACUUAUUAUGCGCUUGAUAACGGAAUCACUUGUGUGCCGGGGAUUGGUGGGUAUUGUUCAGGAGACAUUGAUUGUGCAUUCGCAAAUUUCCGAUGCUUUAGUAGUCUUUGUAAGUGUCAACCGGGCUAUGUAUCUGUUUCAGACAAUCAAUGUGUAUUGAAAUUAUCAGCAGUUUCUUGUAAAAUAGGCAUUGAAUGUGGAGAGCAUUGGCAUUCAGGUUGUUCAUUAGAUCACACUUGCUUUUGUAAAUCAAAUAACACGCAAGUUAACCAAGCGACAUGUUCACCAAUUUUAGGUGGAGCCUGUUUCAAAGACGAUCAAUGUACAGUCAAAAAUUCUAUAUGCACUUCUUUCCAUUGUCGAUGUAACGAGCCAGUAUUCAAAGCUGUUGCUAUUAAUAUGUGUCUACUUUGUGUCAAUGGUUAUGAUUGCACCGACCGAAAGUACACAAAAUGUUCUGAAGAUAGCAAGUGUGUAUGCGAAUCAAAUUAUGUUAAAGACGAUUUUUCUACAUAUCGGCCGUUGAUAGGGUCGUUUUGCGAAAAAGAUAUAGAAUGUUUUCCUGAUAAUUCUCUAAGCAGCAACAGCAGUAAGGAAGAGUAUCAAGCAGCUGAAUUUUUGUUAUGCAAUCAAGGAAAAUGUUAUUGUCCGGCAAAUCAUGUUAUUGUCGAUGGUAGAAACUGCUUACCACUGUUGAAUGAGAUAUGUUCACAAAGUAAACCUUGUGUUGUUAACAAUUCAGACUGUGUUAAUGGUCGGUGUAAAUGCAAUCCAAAUUUCAUGGCGCAGUCCAAUAAUCGAUGUUUAGCAAGUAAGUAUCACUAUCAUGAAAACGAAUCAUUCAGAAUUUUUAAUGUUAGAUUUAUCUUGAUUCUGUUAGCGCUACUGUAUGGAAAAUGCAAAAAUGAUGACGAUUGUAGAUAUAUAAAAAAUUCAACAUGUUUUAAGUAUAAUGAAUGCGUUUUUAGCAUCAAUUACAACGUAACAAGUUUUUCGCCCCCUUUGGGCGAAGAUUGUUCUAAAGACGCACAUUGUUCAAUCGAAAAUUCUACAUGUGUCGAUUUCACUUGUCAAUGUAGGCCUUACUUUGAAAUUAUGCAUGGUGAAAAAUGUGUUCCUGUACUUAAAAAACCAUGUCGGUCGAAUUACGAUUGUAUCAAUGUUCCAUUCGCUGAAUGCUCGACAAAUAAGACAUGUGUCUGUAAAUCAACCUAUGUUACAUCAGAAAAUGGAGCAUGUUUACUACCUGUAAUUGGAUUCUGUACAAAAAACAGUGACUGUAUAUCUAAAAGUUCUUACCGUCAUUCCAACAGAUGUCAAUGCACAAGGAAUUUCGUAGGCCAGAUAAUCGAUGGGGUUUUUAAGUGUAAAAGGAUCAGCCUAGGAUCUCCUUGCGAAUCGGUUCAUGAUUGUGGUACUACCAGAAAUUCUCAAUGUUCCAACGGAGUUUGUGUUUGUCAUGAAAAUUAUUAUGCACUCGAUGACGGAAUCACUUGUGUGCCGGGGAUUGGUGGAUAUUGUUCAGGAGACAUUGAUUGUGCAUUUGCAAAUUUUCGAUGCUUUAAUAAUUUUUGUGCAUGUCAACGGGGCUAUAUAUCUGUUUCAAAGAAUCAAUGUGCAUUGAAAUCAUCAGCAGUUUCUUGUAACAUUGGUAUUGAAUGUGGAGAGCAUUGGCAUUCAGGUUGUCCAUUAGAUCACACUUGCUUUUGUAAAUCAAAUAACACUCAAGUUAACCAAGCGACAUGUUCACCAAUUUUAGGUGAAGCCUGUUUCAAAGACGAUCAAUGUACAAAUACACUUUAA